AUUUUAUGUUAUUAUUCAGUUAGCGCAGAGUACUUUUGUAUAUGUCAGUUAGGUACCUAUUAGUAAUUAGACUCAAAUUUCUGUCUCAAAGUAAAUUGUGUAUACAUACAAUUCCUGUAAUAAAAGCUGUUGAUAAGAAAUUAUAUUAUUAUAUUACGGAUUUAGAAGAACAGUCACAGUAAAUCACUAUGGCGUAUCAAGGAUAUGGUCAACCAGGUUAUGGACAACCACAGGGCGGACAAUUGGAAGUGGGACACGGUCCAUAUCCUUCCAUCGGUGCUGGAGGAAACAUCUCACCUCAAGUGAUGCAAUGGUUUCGCGCGGUGGAUAAAGAUCAAUCGGGCUUCAUAACAGCGCCUGAAUUAAAGGCUGCCCUAGUGAACGCACAGGGCCAAACAUUUUCGGAAACUGCUUGUAACUUAAUGAUAGGAAUGUUUGAUAAAGACCGUUCCGGGCAUAUUAAUGUUGAAGAGUUUGAUAAGUUAUAUACUUACAUCAAUCAGUGGUUAGCAGUGUUCAAAACAUACGAUACCGAUCAAUCGGGUCAUAUUGACGAACAGGAAUUAUCCAAGGCUUUAACACAAAUGGGAUUUCGAUUUUCUCCAGAAUUUAUCAAUUUUCUGUCAAAACGAAGUGAUCCCAAAGAGGGAAAAAUUUCGGUAGAUAACUUUAUUGUGUUAUGUGUUCAAGUUCAACGAUUUACUGAAGCAUUCAGAGUCAGAGAUACACAACAAAAUGGAACUGUAACUAUUGGUUUUGAAGAUUUUCUAAAUAUAGCAUUAAGCUGCUCCAUUUAAUGAAAUUAUUUCCAUUCCGAAACUGAGAUCACGCUCAAGUCAAUCAAUCAAGUUUUAGUGUAUAAUGGAUUGUAUACAAGUUAUUAACAAAACAUUGGAUUCAAGUUUGAAAAAACAUGUAGUUCAGCUUUAAAGUCACAAAUCACCAUUUGCUUGUUCUGCUACAAUUCAUAACUAUAUGAUUCUAAUGUAUUUUAUUUUUGUUAAACGUAGUUAUCUUGUUUUUGAACAAGUCACAUUUUGCGCUUCAUAAUUUCUUGAAGGAUGAGGUCUUGAGAUCUUUAAAGAUAAGGACAUAAUAAGACGUACAUGAUGAAUAGAUCUGAACAAUUACAGAAAAUUAUAAUAAAG